AUGCACCUACGCAGUAUCAUCGGCUUCCUCUACAAGUACAUCGAUACAGGAAAGAAAUUGGUUCCUGGGCGAGAUGCUGUGCUUAUUGUAGGAGGUACAAUGUCGAAAACAGGAUGGAAUGUGUGCAAUUUAUUAGUUAGAAGAUAUAAUGUCGAAGUGAUCAACAUUGACUCAAAAUGUGCAUAUUCACUACUGAAAAAAUUUUCAGUUAUUGAUUCUGAUCAAUGUGAAGCAAUGGACCUACUGGAAGAACAAAUGAUAAACGAAAAUGAUUUGGCAAACCAAGAGGAGGCCCAAGUUGAUGAUUCACUUGCAGAGUUAGUACUUGAGGGUGGACUGGAACAAUUAUACUUGGAGGCUGACGAAGCAAAGUUACUCCAUCCGUACAGGAGCAGUGGUAAUUACACAUUUAUUGAAUGUAGAGACCUGGCAGAUUCUAAAUGUGUAAUAGAUGCUAUGCUUAUGGCACUGGCAACAGGAAAACGUAUUACCGUCUUUAUCAAUAACCUCCAAGAGGGCUUGUAUAGCAAAUGCCUCGAAAACGGUGGUUAUGUGGACUCAUUAGAGUUCUUUGAGAAAUGUACCAAUACUAACGUCACAAAUGCAAUAAUUGCAACAAAAUAUUUUAUCUCAGAAUUUAUUCCAACUAUAAAUACAAACUUUGGGCCUGAGAAUGAUUAUUAUAUUGUGAAUUUCACUGUCGAUCCUAGAAAUCAAAAAUUGCUCUUACCAGCAUCUUAUUUCACAACAAAAGCGGCAAUACGGCAAUUACACGAUGGAUUAUCUUCGGAGAAAUCCAUAUACGAAACAACUUCGAAGAUCAAAACAUUGCUGGUAAGAAUACCAGAGACUCCAGCAAAUGUUGAUUUACAUAUGGAGCGUUUUGAACAAAUUGCUGAUCUUUUAAUUAAGAACCUGAAAUUGGGAAGAGCUGGAACUUAUAAUAUUACUGCAACAAUAUUUACUAAUAUCCUUGCAGACUUCAGACAGUUUUUGGACCAAUUACAAUAUUAG